UUGUCACUCGUUUAAUGAGCUUCUUUGCCAAGAGAAAGGCUUUGGCAACAUAUGUCUCCCCAGUGCCUCUCUCACACCGCACCGCACGCUAGCGGAGUCUCUCGUUCCCGUGUCUGCUGCGGUAGACGUUUCUCUGGAUUUCCUCAGUCUUGUACACGCCUGUGGGAUUAGACCGUGCAAAAGAGGAAGCUUUCACUAUCUUUCUAAGGAAGCGCAGACAGAAUGAAGCAGAUCCCUGUUGCGAGACCCCAGACUGCGCUGGAGUGAGAUGCACUGACUUCUGGAAGACUUCAAUAUUCCUGUCAUCCUCCGCUCAACUGUGGCCAGUCAUGCGGUUGUUAUGGAAAAUAGGAGUGACCCUCUUUUUGGGUGCUUGUCUUAAUAUUAUCUGCAGGUAUCAAGCUAAUGCCCUGGAUAUUCCUCUUGAUGUCUUAGAACGCAUAAACAUGGAACAGCUGCCCACAAUUACGGAGUUCUCUCCUGGAUCUCUGAUCGCCUUCGCUUUCGAAGAGAGCUUCCCCGUGAAGUGUGAGGCGAAGGGAAAUCCUGUACCACAGUUCAGGUGGACAAAAAACGACCAGGACUUUGAUCCUUAUCAGGAUCCAAGAUUGGUAACGCUAGAGGACUCCGGAACAUUCAUCAUUCCGAAUGAUGGGAAUCUUACAGAAUUCCAGGGAAUUUAUCGUUGCUUCGCCACUAACAAGUUAGGCACAGCCAUGUCAGAGGAGAUUGAAUUUAUUGUUCCCAAUGUUCCAAAGUUUCCUAAAGAGAUCAUUGACCCUAUUGAGGUUAUGGAAGGUCAGUCAGUUAUUCUGGAAUGCAACCCACCAAAAGGACUCCCCCCUCUGCAAAUCUACUGGAUGACAAUAGGUUUGCAGCAAAUUGAACAGGACGAGAGAGUUUCAGUGGGUCUGAAUGGGAACCUGUACUUUUCAAAUGCCAUCGAGACUGACAGCCGCAGGGACUACUGCUGCUUUGCCUCCUUUAGACGCAUGGGAACCGUCGUCCAGAAACCUGCCAUGUCCGUCAAUGUUAAAAGCAAUAAGUUAAUGAAGGGCUCAGGUUCUGGUAGCGGCACAGGUUAUGCGAACUCUCUUUUGGAGAGGAAGCCCAGUCUGUUGACGCCUACAGGAAAGGAGUCACACGUAUAUUUAGUGAAAGGAGAAGAACUUCAGCUGGAGUGUAUUGCAGAUGGAUUUCCAACUCCAAAGGUAGAGUGGGUUAGAAUGGGCCACAAGCUGCCAGAGAAGGCCGUGGUGGAAAGUCAUGGGAAGUUGCUCACUAAAGAGAUGGUGAAUGAAGAAGAUGAAGGAAAAUAUAUGUGCAAAGCCAAAAAUCUUCAUGGAGAGGCUGUGCAUUAUUUUCAUGUGACAGUAGAGGAGCCACCCGAGUGGGAGAUAAUGCCACAGAGUCAGCUGGUGACAAUUGGAGCUGAAGUGGAGAUCAAGUGUGUGGUCAAAGGAAAUCCACAGCCAAGUGUUACAUGGCGGGUCAACAGCCUUCCUCUCAAUGAGGUCCCAGUUUCCAACAGAAAGAUCAUGAAAGACGGCACCAUUUCCAUCCACAACGCAAGCCCAGACAACAGCGCGGUUUACCAGUGCGAGGCCACAAACCGACAUGGCACCAUUCUAGCUAAUGCCAACAUUAUGAUUAUGAACAUACAGCCGGUGAUCUUAACAGAAGACAAUCUUCCGUACAUGGCUGUGGAGGGAAAAGGCAUCAUCAUGCACUGCAAGGUCUUCAGCUCGCCCACCUCCAGCAUUACGUGGAGUCAAGCUGACAGCGCCAACGCAGUGGAAGGAGAAAGAUUCUUGGUUCAUAAGAACGGUUCGCUGGAGAUCCAUCACGUGACGAAAGAGGACAUGGGAGAGUACUCAUGUUUUGCUCAAAAUACUGAGGGAAAAGUUGCCAUUUCUUCGACCCUUGAGGUCAAAGAUCCUACCAGAAUAGUAGACCCCCCACAGGAUUUGCGGGUUUCGGCUGGAACCACCAUCCAGUUUUCGUGCCAGGCGACGUUUGAUUCUUCCUUCGGUAGCGACUUUGAGAUUCUCUGGGAAAAAGACGGUGUAGCCCUCAACAGUAGCGUGGACACACGAUAUGUCCUGGACGAUGGAGUGCUCGAGAUUAUCAAUGUGAGCUUUGGAGACCAGGGCUUAUAUAUGUGUGUGGCCAGAACACCGGUCGACCAAGACACGGCUGUAGCACAGCUCUCAGUUGUGGAUGUUCCUGAUCCACCAGAAAAUGUGAUACUAUCUGAACACAAUGGCAGAAGUGUGAAACUACUCUGGAUUUCAGGAGACGAUCAUAACAGCUCCAUCACUGAGUUCGUCAUUGAGUUUGAGGAGAGUCAGUUCGAGCCUGGAAGCUGGAAGGAGCUGAAGAGGGUACCCGGAAACCAUCAGUCGGCCAUUCUGAAGCUUCAAGGACACGUGGACUACCGCUUCCGAGUCUCCGCCAUCAACGAGGUCGGAAGAAGUCGCAGGAGCCAGGCCACCGAAAGAUACAAAACUCCUUCAUCAGCACCUGACAAGAACCCUGAAAAUAUCAAGAUCGAAGGUCAUUUGCCACACGAAAUGGAUAUCAACUGGGAGCCAUUGUCACCCAUCGAACACAACGGACCGAAUUUGGAGUAUAAAGUUAGCUACCGAAGACAAGGAACCGAAGACUGGGUGGAACACGUCAUAAAGAGGCAUUCGUUUGUUGUUAAAAACACCCCAACGUUCGUCCUUUACGAGAUCAAAAUUCAGGCCAAGAACCACGCCGGUUGGGGCCCGGACCCCAAAAUAAUAACCGCGUACUCUGCAGAGGAUUUCCCCUCAGCAGCUCCAGAGGACAUAAGCGCGGAGUUGAUGAACAACACCGUGGUGAAGGUCAGAUGGGCCCACGUUCACAAGGACAAACUCCAUGGACAUCUGGGGGGCUAUAGGGUGAGCUGGUGGAGGCUGCGCAGCCUUUUGGACUCGAAGAAAACACACGGUGACAAACAUACGCUGACAUUUUCUGAAGAGAGGACCCAUGCGGUGGUAACAGGUCUAAGGCCGUUCUCUGAAUACAGCCUCAUCGUCAUGGCCUUUAACGGCAGAGGAAACGGACCUGGAAGUCACCCGGUCAGUUUCAAAACUCUAGAGGGAGUUCCCGGUCAAGUGGUUUCUUUCAGAGCUACAAACAUCCAAAAACACAAGGUGAUCUUGACCUGGUCUCCUCCCAUUGACGCAAAUGGAGUUCUUAUUGGCUACAUCCUCCAAUAUCAGCUAAUAAACGACACGGAGGAAGUUGGUCCUUUGAUGACCCUGAACAUCUCUGCAGACAGCAAUAAGUUGCACCUCCAGGACUUGGAAGCGCUGAGCAGAUACAAGUUCUAUCUGCGGAGCUGCACGAGGGUGGGCUGCGGCCCGGCGGUCAGCGAAGAGUGCACCACAGUCCCCGAAGCGACUUCAACAGAUGUGGCCUCUUUCAACAUCAGAAAAUCCGGCCCGCAGUUACCUUCAAGAAAAACUACCGUUUCUCCUGUGGCUAAUGCAACUCUUUCCUCCAUAGGUUUGGCCAGUAUUCACGGGGGCAUCUCCAACCAGGGCUGGUUCAUCGGACUCAUGUGCGCCAUAGCACUGCUCACCCUCAUCGUUCUCAUAGCCUGCUUCGUAAACCGAAACAAAGGAGGAAAAUACUCAGUGAAAGAGAAAGAGGAUCUACACCCAGAUCUGGAGUCCCCAGGCAUAAACGACGACACCUUUUGCGAAUACAGCGACAAUGAUGAGAAACCACUGAAAGGCAGCCAGCAUUCCCUCAAUGGCAACUUGAAAGCAGACAGCGGAGAUAGUAUGGUGGACUACGGCGAAGAGGACGCUCACUUUAAUGAGGACGGCUCCUUUAUUGGCGAAUACUCCGGAUGCAAGGAAAGGGUCUCCAUGGAAAUCAAAGGAAACAAUCAGAGCACGGCGUAAUGGAGCGUGGACAAAUUAUUUCUCGGACAAGCUCUCACAAAGGUCAGUCUGAAGGGAGUAGGAGGAGGUAACGGCAAAGCGUCGGCGUAAUGGAACCCGAAGGACAUUUUCGCAAUUAAUGUGUUAUCGUCAAACUCUCAGUCAUACUCACAUCAUUUUACGUACAAAGUUUAGUUUGUUUUCGUUUGCCCGUUUGACCAUCCGUCGUGUACACUUGUGGGGUGUUUUUUAAGUAUCAAAUCCUCAAGGCUGCCGGAUCUUCGUUUUCGUGAACAUGAACUCCGACGGCCUACGAGAGCAGAACAUUCCCACGUUUCUGGUUUCUUCUGCAUUCGUGUCAUCCAAGCGAGUUUUCCGUCAGGGUAUGAACUUUGUAUUUUUAUUUUUCCAUUCGAGACAAAUUUUAUUGACGUUUUAUAUUUCAGAUACUGUAUACUGUGCAUUCGUUAAAUGUGGGUUAUUAUGUGUACAAAGUUGUUGCUUAAGUAAUCACCUUCUGUUGGAAUCCAAAAAUGCGCAAGGUAAAAUAAGGGUCGACUCACUCAGUCUCACAUGCUUUUGAGCAUUUUGUACAUUAAGAUGAUGAUAAUAAACGGUUCAGGCUGUACUAACAAGAUGCAUAGACAUUACAAUUUACAUUACAGCGCUGCUUCUAACUAAUAUUACAGUAUGUUAAUUAGACACAGAUAUAAUUUUAAACACGGUUGAAAAAACAAAUGCCACUUUUUGCCGUGAUGUACUGGGAAGUGUGGUGUGAUAAAUUACAAUGUUUGGUUAUGUGAUACAGGGUUGGAAUUCCACUAGUCCAUGUUGACAUGAUGAAUUACUUUGAAUAUAAAUGUGUGAGCCAGUGACCAAGCAAAAGUCUCAAGAUCCAAUUUGGAGAAAAUGAGCAUCAAAGUUUGAUUUCAGCUAUUAAUUUCACUAUGAUUUCAAUCUUUGGCUUUACUCGGUCAGUAUUAAAGAAAUCAAGGUUAUUUUUCACAGAAUGUUCUUUACAUUAUGUUGAAUGUUUUUUAAAUCACAAAAAAGACUAUAGCUUGGUUUUCACAGAAUGGGUCACAUGUUUCCAAACCCAGUUCUGCAGAAAGCAGAAUUUCAUCAGAAUGGCUCCACACAUGUAUUUUUGUUUUCAAGAAAUGUUUCUGUACAAACAUUCUGUUUGCAUGUUUAAAGCUGUUGAAUGAGGUUUGUGCACAGAUUUGACAUUAAAUUGUAUCAUUUGUUUCUCCGUCCUGGUUUUGAGGACUCCGUCAUGGCUUUAUUCCUUUUGAAAGCUCGAGGUAAAUUAAAGGCAUGUUGGGUGA